CGUUAGGUUUUGUCUAUUUUCUGGGAGCAUUGUUGUCACUCAAUUAUGUAUGGUACUCAUUACAUUUGCUAUCAUUGGACUGGAAUAUGACUGAUACAAGGCAUAAGAGUCUAUCAUUGGAAAAGCACACUAGCACAUAUAAUCGUAUAUUAUUCUUGAUUUUACAAUAUCUAGGUUACAUAGGGAGUGUAUGUGCAGUACGCACAUGGUCAGGGCCUUUGGAUCGACCUAGUGUAAUCUGACUUUGUUUGUUCCAUAGCAACUGAUUGCAUCCGGGCAGUUUAGGAAGAUGCAGCAUUAAUACAGCGAGUAGACAAAGUUGCCAAAGUAUGGCUAGAAUUGAAAAGAUAUAAAUCUUUUCAUAUAUACACUUUUAUAUUGCGA